CUCACCAGCCGCAGAGCCGCUGCUGCUAAUUAAAGACGGCCGGAGACGAUAUUUUGGACAAAAGGAUCGUAAAUAAUCACAUUUGUGUUUAAAGAUGGAAUUACUCCGACACGAGCAGAGGGGGACUACUUGUUCUGUCGGAGGAUUCGAGUCCGUGUGAAGCGGCUUCAGACGAGCCAGCAGAGCCGGACCAGCAUGGCACGAAUCGGCUGCGAGGAGUCCUUCUCCACCAGGCGGCGGGCGUCCUGCAGCCGGCCGGACGACGAGCUCGCCGUCAUCGAGAACGGGGACAGCAGGGCUGCGUCUCUUUGUGAAGACGGCUCGGACACGGCGGCGUCUCAAGAGGCCCAACGAGACUCCUUCAGAGGAGCAGGGGCCCCGGCCAGGCUCUCUCACUUCUUCUUCAUGCUGUGGAACUGGGCGUCUCACAGAGCCAACCCUGUAACCGAGAGGCACGACUCGUUCCUCGAGCGCUUCAGAGGCCCCGAGCUCAAAGACGCCUCCGGUCGAGAGAGCAGCCACAGCGGGCCGACCCCCAAGAGGAAUGUUAAGUGGCCGCUAGCUACUUACAACAUGAAUAACUGCAACAACACAGACGACAAAAAAGAGGACAAAAAGGAGGAGAUUAAAAAAGAUGAUAAAAAGGAGGAGGAGAAGAAAGACGAGGACAAGAAGGACGAGAAGAAAGACGAGCAGAAGAAGGAUGAUAAAAAGGAUGAUAAGAAAGAUGAUAAAAAGAAAGAGGAUCCCCCGAAAGAGAUCUGGAUUAUGGAUCCAGCCACAGACCAGUACUACAAGUGGCUGACCGUCAUCGCAGGCCCGGUGUUCUACAACCUCAUGAUGAUCGUCACCAGAUCCUGUUUCAACGAGCUCCAGGAUAAGUACACCAACCUCUGGCUCUUCCUGGACUACACCACCGACUUCAUCUACUUCACGGACACGUUCGUCAGGUCGAGGACAGGUUACCUGGAACAAGGCCUGCUGGUGAAAGAUGCCACGAAACUGAGAAGUAAAUACAAAACAACCUCUCAGUUCAAAUACGACAUGAUCUCAAUGAUACCCACCGAUCUGCUGUUCCUGAAGUUCGGAUACAACAACCCGGAGUUCAGAUUCAACCGUCUUUGCAAAAUCUCGAGGCUUUUUGAGUUCUUUGAACGGACUGAAACCAGAACCAGCUUCCCGAACAUGUUCCGUAUCAGCAAUCUCGUACUUUACAUCCUCGUUAUUAUCCACUGGAACGCUUGUAUGUUCUUUGCCAUUUCGAAAACCAUCGGUUUUGGAACCGACACGUGGGUGUAUCCCAACAUCAGCCACCCCGAGCACGGCCGCCUGGCCAGGAAGUAUAUCUACUCCCUGUACUGGUCCACACUGACCCUCACCACCAUCGGAGAGACCCCUGCACCAGUCAGGGACAUUGAAUUCGUCUUCGUCAUUGCCGACUUCCUCACAGGCGUGCUGAUCUUUGCCAGUAUCGUCGGUAACGUCGGUGCCAUGAUCUCCAACAUGAACGCCUCACGUGCCGAGUUCCAGGCAAAGAUCGACUCCAUAAAGCAGUACAUGCAGUUCCGAAAGGUCACCAAAGAACUGGAGGCCAGGGUCAUCAAGUGGUUUGACUACCUGUGGACCGAAAAGAAGACCUGCGACGAGAAGGAGGUUUUGAAGAACCUCCCGGACAAGCUCAAGGCCGAGAUCGCCAUCAACGUCCAUUUGGACACGCUGAAAAAAGUUCGUAUUUUCCAGGGUUGCGAAGCCGGUCUGCUGAUCGAGUUGGUGCUCAAGCUGCAGCCGCAGGUGUUCAGUCCCGGAGAUUACAUCUGCAAGAAGGGGGACAUCGGCAGGGAGAUGUACAUCAUCAAGGAGGGGAAGCUGGCCGUGGUGGCCGAUGACGGGGUCACUCAGUUCGUUGUGCUCAGCGACGGUGCAUACUUCGGGGAGAUCAGUAUCUUGGGCAUCAAGGGCAGUAAAGCGGGAAACAGGAGAACGGCCAACAUCCGGAGCGUGGGCUACUCGGACCUCUUCGCCCUGUCCAAAGACGACCUGGUGGAGGCUCUCACGGAGUAUCCGGAUGCCAAGAAGGCUCUGGAGGAGAAGGGCAAAGCCAUCCUGAUGAAGGACAACCUGAUCGACGAGGCCAUCGCCAACGCCGGCGCCGACCCCAAAGACCUGGAGGAGAUGAUCGUCAAGCUGCAGGGCAACCUGGACCUCAUGCAGACCAAGUUCGCCCAGCUGAUGGGGGAGUUCUGCUCCGGCCAGACCCGGAUGAAGCAGAGGGUCACGGAGAUGGAGGCCAAAGUGAAGUCCAUACGACCCGAGGACCUCUCGGAAGUGGUGGCCGACAAGGACAAAAAGGUCCAGUAA